AUGGCUUACAAAUCAUCAGUUCUAGACAUCGAAAAAGACUUGUCUGUUGGUACACACGAUAAUGAAAAUAAAGAAAGUACAACACUUAUUUGGUUUGAUCCAAAUAUUAAAUCACAUGAAGAUAUUGAAAAAACAAAAGAACAACUUCGUCUUAUUAAUGAUUAUGUCAUUUUUUUUACUGAUCUUGAACAAUGUAUUAGAUAUAUUGAAUCAAUAGAUAAAGAAAAAAUCCUAUUAAUUAUAUCAGGAUCGAAAGCAUCAGAAAUUUUACCUCGAAUUUGUUCUUAUCAUCAAAUUGAUUCAAUCUUUAUCUUUUCUAUCGAAAAAGAUCAAUAUGAAUAUUUAUUAAAUGAAUAUUCAAAAAUAAUUGGAAUUUAUAUUAAUUUUGAUGAUUUAUAUAAAUCAAUAAAAGAACAAAUUGAUCUUGUUAAUAAACAAAUAGAGACAUUUUGUUAUUUUGAUCAACAUCAAAUAUUAACGAAAGAUCUAUCAAAGGAAUCAGCAAAAUUUCUAUUGUUUCAAUUAUUUAAUUAUGUUAUAUCUCAUUUUUCACGAAAUGAACAAGCAAAACAACAAAUGAUUGAAAUAUCAUUAAAAACAGAAGAUAUUGAUUUAUUAUAUCAAUUUCGAUUUUUUAUUAGUGAUCUUUCUGAAAAUCUUCAACGUCAACAUGAAAAAAUUCUAUUAUCACAAGAAAAAAUUUUAAAUGUUUAUCGAGGAAUUAAACUUGACAAAGAAGAAUUUAAUAAAUUAAAACAAAAUCAAGAAAAACUUAUUUCAAUAAAUGGGUAUCUAUUAACUAGUUGA